UAGUUCGCGUAGCUCGCUUGCUGUUUUGCUUGCGGCGAGGGGGGAAGAAAAAGGGGGAACAUUUUUUUAGCUCGCCAAGCAAUAUCUGUUAAGAAUUUUAUUCCAAUCUCUUAGUUGGGGGAAUUCUAUGAACCCGACUUGAGAUUUUGUAUUUUUUUUUUAAGUUUAUAAAAUAAGUUGUACAUUUUUUGUCUGUUUUUAUCUCCCUUGUCGCUAUUUUUAGCCCAAGGAGUCUACUUGAGUUUAGGGUAAAUGUAGACUUAGUAAAUUCCAUUAGGUUUUUUUUUUAAAUCGUCUGCGUUGAGUGGAUAGUGCCUGUUUACCAGGGUGGAAUAAAGUCACAGCAAACUGGAUUGCCGUAUUCGGUGAGAUCGUCAAGAAAAUUCACAGAAGGCAAAGGCCUAGUGUUUGUUGGGGCCAGUCGACCAGGCCUGUCGAGAUGGGCGGACGGACUAGUCCUAAGUUUGUGCUAAGGUUACUCGCGUCUUUGUGUUUCUUUGGAGCUAUUCUAGCCUCAGAGAUUCAAGAUUUUGACUUCGCUGACAGUGAAAAUGUCGCCAAAGUUGUAGUCAAACGGGCCUCAUCCCUGUCUGAUGAUGAAGAUUUACUGAUGGCCGAUCCGACGUCGACACCGGAAGACGACGCAGAGGGGAGCGGGACAACGACGGUGGACACUACAAUAACUACAACGUUCACCGUGCCUUUGCUACCCUAUCAGCCGCGUUACUUUAGAGUUACUAUAAGAUUUACAAAUCUGGAAUUCACUCCGGAACUGCAGAACAGAAAUAAUAGAUUAUUCCAACAGAGAUCUAAAAGUAUUGAAUCUGACAUAGAAUAUUUGUUUAGGAAUAUUGUUGGAGGUCUUUCUGCGACUGUGCUGAAGUUUGGUAAAGGAUCACUAGAAGUAACUUUUGAUUUGGGUUCUCAAGGAGAUGUUGAUGAAGCUGAGAUUAGACAAAUCCUAGAAGAAGCUUUACGGUCAGGAAGAAUUGGUUCCAACACUGUUACAGAGGAAGGAUUUUCUUUUGAAGCUCUUCCCUCUAGCAUUCCACAUACCUGCAACACAAGGCAAUUCUUUUGCGCUGCAAACAAACGUUGCAUUGACCGUGUGCGGGCGUGUGAUGGACAUAAGGACUGUCCAGAUGGAGAUGAUGAAAAAUUGUGCCCUGUCAGCUGUCCAAAUCAUGUUGGUCGCCUACCUGAUAAGUUGCCUCGAACUGGUGACAGUGGUGCACAUUUUCUCAUCAAUAAUGCCUUCCCGUGUGAUGGUAAAGUUAUAAGUUGGGAGUACUAUAGAUUAAUUCCACAAGGCACUGCUUAUGUUGGAGUCUGGAGACAGGUGAACGAUGAGUUUCUCCUGGUAAAAAGAACUGCGCUGCCCUCAGGCCAGCAGGGUCAAAAUCAAGUGGAGGCCAGUGAGCCAAUCCAGGUUAAGCGUGGUGACUUCAUUGGCAUCUUCUAUCCUGAGAGUGCACCUCAAAAUGUUAUUGCUCAGGCUAGGCUUGAGGAUGAUGCUGUCAUGUCAACGGAACUCUAUCAGACAUAUUAUGCUAAUCUUUAUAAUGAAAACAUUGGACAGGGGAAAAAAAUCAACCUCAACAAUUACGACGUACAGUCCACCAAUGCAACAUUCUCCAUUAGAGCAAUCAUGGACUAUGACGAUUCAUUAGCAUAUUCAUGCGAGCAGAAUGAAUUUGACUGUGGAAAUGGCUUUUGCAUUGAAGCUGCUUACAAGUGUGACAAACAAGAAGAUUGCGACAAUGGCAUUGAUGAACAGGGCUGUGAAGUGUCUGUCUCUGCUGUUACUGUUGGUGCAACUACCAGACCUGCAACCAGACCUGCAACCAGACCUACAACCCCAACUGACCCUUGCCUUGAAGGAAGGUUCCGGUGUACUGAUGGGAGCUGUGUUGCUCGUAUUUUUAUUUGUGAUGGGACCCCCCAUUGUCCAGAUGGAUUGGAUGAAACUCAUGGAUGUAAAAUAUGCAGAGAUUUCGAGUUUCAGUGUUUAUCAAAAGAGUUCCAGUGUGUACCAUUAAGAGACAAAUGCAAUGGCCGAAAUGACUGUGCUGAUGGCAGUGAUGAAAUGGAUUGUGUUUUAGAAGAUUGUUCGGAGGAUCAGUUUCAGUGUUCAUCAGGAGAGACCAGGUGUAUACCACUACAAUACAAAUGUAAUCAAGAAAUUGACUGUGCAGAUGGCAGUGAUGAGAUCGAUUGUAGCCCAGCUUGCUUGGAAUACCUCUGCUAUGACGGCAAGUGUAUCAGUAACUCUCUGCGAUGUGACAGCAAAGCUGACUGUUCAAGGGGAGAAGAUGAAUAUAACUGUCCUUCUUCGGUACCUUGUCGAUCUGAUGAGUUCCGCUGUGAACAUGGGAAAUGCAUUCCCAUAGCACAACGCUGUGACAAAAAAAGACAUUGUAGUGAUGGGACUGAUGAAUUAGACUGUCCUUGCAAACCUGGGGAGUUUAAAUGUCAGGAUGGUGGCUGUGUGGUCAACGGUUCCCUCUGUGAUGCAUACCCAGAUUGUGAAGAUGGAUCAGAUGAGUUUAAUUGUGACAAUAUUGUGUCAACAUUUCCACCGUCAUGCCCUGCAAACCUGUUUAGAUGUGACAACGGAAUCUGCAUUGAGAGUAGCAGACAGUGUGAUAAUGUCAAUGAUUGCUUGGAUGGUUCAGAUGAGAAAGGCUGCGCAACAUGCGGUUUAGAUGAUUUCCGUUGUGCUGAUGGUGAAUGUAUUCCUGUCACUUUGAUGUGUGACUCUAUGCCUGACUGUUCUGAUGGCUCUGAUGAAAUUGGUUGCGUCAUAAAAUGUAGCCCCAACCAGUGGACCUGUAGUAAUGGUGAGUGUGUCAGCUCUGUGAGUCGAUGUAACAAAAUUGAUGACUGCUCUGACAGUUCAGAUGAACAGAAUUGUCCAUGUACUCCUACUGAGUUUGCUUGCGUUGGUAAUGGUGAGUGUAUCCCAGACCACUUGAGGUGUGACGGCAAAUCGCAUUGUGAAGAUGGCAGUGAUGAAAUUGAUUGCCCUUGCAGCGGAUUUUUGUGCAAUGAUGGAACAUGUUUAUUGAAGUCUCAACAAUGUGAUAGACGAGUGGACUGUACGGAUGGGAGUGAUGAGCUCAACUGUGAACGCUGUAGGAGAAAUCAGUUUGAGUGCCUAGAUGGCACAUGUGUUGAUAGACGACAUAAAUGUGACCGCAGUGCUCAGUGUCCUGACAGCUCUGAUGAAUUUAACUGCACAUGCACUCUAGGAGAGUUCCGCUGCAAUAAUGGACAAUGCAUUCUGAUAGAUGCCCGGUGUGAUAGAAGUCAGGACUGUGUGGAUGGCUCUGAUGAAUUUGGUUGCAGACCUAUUUGUCGGCCUGGCCAGUUCCAAUGUAACAGUGGAGAGUGCAUUGACAGUCAAAGUAAAUGUGAUGGCAGAAGUGAUUGCAGUGAUGGUUCUGAUGAAGAUGACUGUCCUCGUCGCUGUCCUGGGAAUCAGUUUCAGUGUGGCACAAGUCAGUGUGUGGAUAGGAGGGCAGUUUGUAAUGGUCGACCAGAGUGCCCAGAUGGUUCUGAUGAAGUAGAUUGUCCACCCUGCUCAUCUACUGAAUUCACCUGCAACUCUGGACAGUGUAUCUCAGAUAGCAAACGUUGUGAUAGACGAAGUGAUUGUUGGGAUGGAAGUGAUGAAAUAAACUGCCGUUGCAAUGACAAUCAGUUUACCUGUGUCAGUGAUGGCAGGUGUAUCCCCUCUGACUACCAGUGUAAUGGACGGCCUGAAUGUAAUGAUGGAAGUGAUGAGGAGGACUGUGUCAGAGAAUGCAGCGAAAGAGAGUUUAGAUGUGGAGACAAUGAGUGUAUCCCUCGUUCUGCCCUGUGCAAUGGAAGAAAUGACUGUCCUGAUGGCUCUGAUGAACAGGACUGUGUUAUACGCUGCAAAGUAGGGGAAUUUCAGUGUGGCACCGGCCAGUGUCUGGACAGCCGUAGAGUCUGUAAUGGUCGCAGGGACUGCCCAGAUAACUCUGAUGAACAAGACUGUUCAUGCAAACCUGACGAAUUUACCUGCAACUCUGGACAGUGUAUCUCAUCCAGCAAACGUUGUGAUAGACGAAAUGAUUGUCGAGAUGGAAGUGAUGAAAGAAACUGCCCCUGUGGUGAUGAUCAGUUUACUUGUGUUAGCGAUGGCAGAUGUAUCCCAGCAAGCUAUAGGUGUAAUAGACGACCUGAAUGUGGAGAUGGAAGUGAUGAAGAGGACUGUGUUCGUGAAUGUAAUGAAAGAGAGUUUAGAUGUUCAGACAAUGAAUGUAUCCCACGUUCAGCACGUUGUGAUGGCAGACUUGACUGUCCAGAUGGGUCUGAUGAAGGGGACUGUAGCUAUGAUGUGAUCAUCUCAAUUAGCCCUCAGCAGAUGAUCAAACGAGUUGGCACCAGUGCUUCGUUUAUCUGUCAAGUGACUGGCAGCCCACCUCCAAGAGUGUCAUGGACUAGGAGAACUGGAGGAGCCAUGCCCUCUAAAGCCCAGGUUCAAAACAACCGUAUCACAAUCACUGACCUCCAGAUAGAGGACAGUGGAGACUAUCAGUGUACAGCCACCAGUGGUGUCCGUUCAUUUGAGGCUAUAGCUCGCCUUUCUGUAGAGUAUGUUUAUACCCCCGGUAAUAAUGAGAAUGGUUUAUGUAAGAAUGACGAGGCCACUUGUUCAAACGGAGAAUGUAUAUCUCGUGAUUACGUGUGUGAUGGUGAGAAAGACUGCACAGAUGGCUCAGAUGAAGCAAGUUGUACUAAUCGCUUGCCUUGUGAACCCAAUGAAUUCAGAUGUAACAAUGGAUACUGUGCCUUGAAGAUCUGGCGUUGUGAUGGAGACAUGGACUGUGCUGAUGGCUCUGAUGAAUGGAAUUGCACUGCCCGCAUCCCUGGUGCCCCAUGUGAUUCUAGAAUGUUCCAGUGUAGAAGCGAGGACCAGUGUAUUCCCAUUGGCUACCAGUGUGAUGAGGAGAUUGAUUGUCUUGACAGGAGUGAUGAGAUUGGAUGUGCCCCACCAACCAUUGUGACCCCACCUAUCCCAGAAAUCACGGUGGAAAUCAAUGGCACAUUCACCAUUGUCUGUGAGGCCAUAGGUGUCCCCACACCUCUGAUAGUGUGGCGCCUGAACUGGGGUAACAUUCCUUCAGGCGAUAGGGUCACUGUCACCAGUAUUGAGGGCAAGGGUGUUUUAACUAUUCGUAAUGCAGUUCCAGAGGAUGCUGGUGCUUACACCUGUGAAGCCAUCAACAACAGAGGCAGCAUUUUUGCUAUUCCUGAUGCAUUGAUCAUUGUCAGAAGAACUGUUGGAGUCUGCAAACUGCCCAGGUUCAAUGCUGAAGCUUCUACAGAGAAUCAGUGUGUGAGAUGUUUCUGUUUCGGUCAAACUCAGACCUGCUACAGUAGCAGUCUUCAGCUAUCUCAGAUUACCCUGGGCAAUCAAGUGACCCUUGUGCGUCGUCGCAACGGCCUGGAGCCAGGGGACCAGAGCAUUGUGCAGUACAUUCCAUCAUCUCGUGAGUUCCAGAUCAGAGAGUUCAACAAGAUUCUCAGGAGUGGCAGCUACUACUGGUCUCUCCCUAGACAGUACCUCAGUAAAAAACUUAACAGCUAUGGUGGAGAGCUGACAUACCAGGUCUACUAUGAAGUUGACAAUUUUGAUGUCAUCACCAGUGAUCCUGAUGUCAUUCUUACUGGCAAUAAUAUAACUUUGUUCCAUAAAUCAUCAUCAACUUUUAGACCAAGAACUCCAACCACCGUCCGAGUACCACUUAUUGAGACUGCUUGGGAACGUACUCAAGACGGCAGGGAUUCAAGAACAGGGCCCAUUACUGAAUAUGCCUCUCGUGCUGAUUUAAUGAUGGUCCUGGAAAAUGUCACCCACAUCUUGAUUAGGGCUACCUACGACAGCAGACAAUCUCUCAUUAAGCUUGGCAAUGUUUUGUUAACAACUGGUGUUCUUCAGAGUACUGGAUUAGGUCGGGCUGUUUAUGUGGAGGAGUGUACCUGUCCUAGAGGCUAUACUGGUUUAUCUUGUGAGGACUGUGCUCCAGGAUAUUACAGAGUUAAUAGAGGAAGCUAUGGCAGGGAGUGUAUUGCCUGCAACUGCAAUGGCCAUUCAAAUGACUGUGACGCAUUAACUGGAAUUUGCAGGAACUGCCUUGAUAACACAGCUGGACUGUACUGUGAUGAGUGUGCUGUUGGUUUUGUUGGUGACCCACGCAACCAGGGACCAGAUGCCUGUCAGCCUUGUCCUUGUCCUCUCACAAUAUCAACAAACCAAUUCAGCCGCACCUGCAGACUAGACCGUGAUAGACAAAUCACCUGCACGGCCUGUCAACCAGGCUACACUGGUCGCCAGUGUGAACGUUGUGCUGAUGGCUAUGUUGGUGACCCAAUGACGCCAGGUGACAGGUGCCGACCAAAGAGUGAGGACGAGCUCUGCGACCCAAGAGGCAGUUUGUCUCCCAUUCCAAAUGCUGCCACAAGACAAUGUCAAUGCAAGCCUAAUGUAAUGGGACAGUAUUGCAACACCUGUAGACGAGACACCUUCUACCUGUCAGACUACACUCCAUAUGGCUGUAUUGCUUGCUUCUGUAUGGGGGUCACACAGGCUUGUCAAAGUACCACAUGGAAACGGGCUGCGGUCAAUUUAGCAUUCUUCCAAGACCAAGCAGGCCUUGUUUUAACUGACGCUAUGCAAAAGCAGAAGAUAGAAGAGGGCUUCAGCGUUGACAGACAAUCGAAGGUGUUGAAGUACUCAAGGUUUAACCAGUUGCAGAGAGGUAACUACUACUGGUCCUUGCCUCAGCAGUUUUUGGGGAAUAAGGUGACAGCUUACGGUGGCAACCUGAGGUUCACUCUUAAAUACAGACCAGGAAGGGAUGAUACUCAAACAAGUUUGGAUGAGCCUUUGGUUGAAAUUGAAGGAAAUGGCAUUGUAUUUGUGUACUUGCCUCGAACUCCCCUGAUGGAGAAUAAGGAUCAAUCAUUCUCUGUCCGUUUUGUUGAGUCUGAAUGGAGUAGAGUGGACGGUGAGAGAGCAACCAGAGAACAUCUGCUGAUGGUCUUAGCUGACCUGGAUAAGAUUCUCAUCCGAGCGACCUUUACAUCUGACACUGCUGAGUCCUCAAUCAGUGGCAUUUCAAUGGAUAUAGCAGAAGACCGAGAUACAGAUAGUGAGCGUGCGUACACAGUUGAGCAGUGCAGUUGUCCAAGAGGAUACAAAGGCCUUUCCUGUGAGGAUUGUGACACUGGCUACACACGGUCAGGGUCUGGACUUUACCUUGGUUUAUGUGAGCCCUGCAGGUGUAACAAACACUCUGCUGAAUGUGAUGCUGAGAAUGGAGAUUGCAGAAAUUGCCGACACAACACAGAGGGACAAUACUGUGAACGCUGUGCCCGUGGUUAUUAUGGUGUUGCAACUAACGGCUUUGAAAAUGACUGCCAGAAGUGCCCAUGCCCCCUGACUGAUUCUCCUAACCAGUUUAGCACAGAUUGUAUUUUGGAAUCAGAUGGGCAGGUUACUUGUACAGCUUGUCCAGCUGGACAUACUGGACGCAGAUGUGAGAGAUGUGCACCUGGUUACCAAGGCAACCCUAUGCGCCCGGGAGACUAUUGCAAACUUAUUAAUGUCACAUGUGACUGCGAUGAAAGAGGGACAGUACCUAACACCCUUUGUGACCCUGUCACUAAACAAUGCCAAUGCAAGAGUAAUGUUCAAGGGAGACGAUGUGAUAUGUGUAAGCGAGGUUAUUUCCACUUGAAUGAUGACAAUCAACAAGGGUGCACCAAGUGCUUCUGUAUGGGAAUUUCUAAUCAAUGUUCAAGUGCCAAUUACUACAGAGAAGAGAUAAGACCCAUGCUAAAUGAAGAUGGUUCUCACAACUUUAUGUUGGUUAACCGAAGACUCACAAGAAAUAUCACUGAAGGAUUCAGCUUUGAUGAAGAGACCAACGAUGUGACAUUUGUCAGAUUUGGGGGUAUCCAGCGAUCACGUGAGAGUUUGUUUAUUCAGCUGCCACCAAAAUUUAGAGGAGAUAAGGUGUCAUCCUAUGGAGGUUACCUGAAAUUUGGAUUAUCCUACACCACAGCUUCUAACAGAGGACUAGAAACACCUGAUGUUGAUGUUGAAAUCAUUGGCCGAUCAGACGUGAGACUGUACUUGCAGUUCCGCACCUCUCCAAGACCCCAGCAAUCAUAUGACUAUGAGAUUCUGUUGGUUGAAGAUUCAUUCAGAACUCCCACUGAGACUCAGAAACCAACGAGAGAAACCUUCUUGUCUGUGCUGUCUGACAUCAGCGCUAUUCUGAUCAGGGCAACCUACUACUCUGCCAUGGAAACAUUGACACUGAAGAAUCUGCGCAUGGAGACAGCUGUUCCUCAACCUAAUGGCAACAGGGGCACCCCUGAAGUUGAAUACUGUCGUUGUCCUGAGGGAUACUCUGGCCUGUCAUGUCAGCAAUGUUCAUCUGGGUAUCUCAGGGUUGAAGAUCCAGCAUCCCCCUAUGGUCGCUGUAUUAGGUGUAACUGCAACGGUCAUGCUACAAGCUGUGAUCCCAACACUGGAACCUGUCUGAACUGUCUCCAUAACACUGAGGGUGACAGGUGUGAGCGCUGCGCUACUGGUUACUAUGGAGACCCCACCUCAGGAACACCAUCUGACUGUCGGCAAUGUGCUUGUCCACUCACAAUUGCAUCCAACAAUUUUUCACCAACCUGUAUGCUGGCUCAAGACAACAGGAUCACAUGUACUAGGUGUAGAACAGGAUACACUGGACGGGAUUGUGGAGAGUGUGCUGAAGGAUACACUGGCAACCCUAGGAUACAAGAUGGCAAGUGUGAGAGGAUAGAAACAGCUGUGAGAGUAACAGUCACCCCCACCAGCCUCACUGAGCAGCUUGGCUCCACUGCCAUAUUCCAGUGUGUACCCAAUGGCCGUGGACCUUUCAAUGUUGUGUGGAGCAGGUUGGACCGUGGAGCACUACCCAGCAGAGCAGUCGUUGGACCAGGGCCAAACUACAAGCUGACCAUCUCCAAUUUGGAGUACCGGGAUGAAGCCAGAUAUGUUUGUACAGUCUCAAACACUGAGGGAACCUACCGCGGCUACACUGAUUUAGUGGUACAAGCUCCAUCAACCCCAAUAAGGGUGAGGAUUGAGGGAGAAACCAGAAUUGUUGCAAGACCUGGUGUCAACAUCACAGUUUCCUGUGUGGCUGUUCAGUACAGCAGUGCUGCCAACUAUGUUCUGUCAUGGAUGAGAGAAUCAGGCAGGCGCCUGCCACCAAAAGUUUUUGAACAGAAUGGUCAGCUGGUCAUCCCUAACAUUGAUGAAGACGACCUGGGAGUUUACACCUGCACAGGGUCUCAGCCUGGCAGUACAGACAGGGUCAAUGUAACAAUUGUCUUUGGAACUGUCUCUGUAAGACCAAACAUUAGAAUAGAACCCAGGUUUUUGAGGGUUGCUGAAGGGGACAGUGUGGAGUUCAGAUGUAAUGUUCUAGCUGGAAGUCCAAGACCAACUGUUGUUUGGAGCAGAGAAAAAGCCCAGGAUCUCCCAGCCUAUGUGUACACAGAUGAGACUGGUGUGCUGAGGAUCCCUGCAGCCACCUCAGAAGACCAGGAUAGUUACUACUGCACUGCCACCAACAGUGCUGGAACCCUAAGGCUUAGGACUGUACUUUAUGUCACUCCUGCACCCACUCCUCCCAACAUCAGGAUUAUUGUUCCAAGGGUCAACAUCACUGUCAACAUUGGUGCCACUGAGAGACUGCAGUGUUCAGCUGAAGGAAGUGAUGAUGUCAACCUCAGCUGGUCCAAGGACGGUGGCUUGCCUCCAGGUGCAAUACAAGAGAAUGGUGUCCUAACCAUCGUCAAUGUGCAGCCAUCCCAUCAGGGAAAUUAUGUCUGCACUGGAACCACUGACAGGGGCGUUGUUGGACGGGCCACUAUUACAGUCACUGUUACAAGAUAUGAGAGACCAACUGUUAGAGUGGAGCAGGAGAGAGUGAAUGUUGGCUAUGGCACCACUGGUAUCCUGCGUUGUAUUGUCACUGGGGACCCACGACCAACAGUCACCUGGACUAAAUCUGGGGGCCCACUCUCUUCCAACCAUCAGGCAUAUUAUGACACUUUGAGAAUCAACCAGGCUAAGAUGGAGGAUCGUGGCUACUACACUUGUGUUGCUACUAAUUCAGGAGGCAGUGAUAGAGCCAGCAUUUUUGUUGACAUUGAAAGACGAGAGGAUCCCCAGAUCAGGCUACUACCUAGCUCACAGCAGGUAGCCUAUGCUCGUGAUUACACAUAUUUCCACUGUGAGGUAACUGAAGGAAGACCAACACCUGUUGUUACCUGGACAAGGGCUGGAGGGCAGAGGUUCACAUCCAGGACAAGAUUGUUUGAGAAUGGCACCAUUGCGUUCACUAAUAUAACAUCAGCAGAGCAGGGUGAAUACAUGUGCACAGCCACUAAUCAAGCUGGGACAGCCACACAGACAGCCACUCUGAGAGUUCAAGCUCCACCAGUCAUUAACUUGACCCCUGGUAAGAACAUUACCAUAACAGUUGGAGAGCGCAUCAACAUUGAUUGUGUGGCCAUUGGUGAACCUGUCCCCACUGUCAUCUGGCGCUCUGGUCAAAGGAGGAGGUCAGAUGUUCUACCUGAGGCUUCGGACUCGGGUCCUGGAUCUGCAUCACUGGUGUUUGAGUCUAUAGACAAGUCAGAUGGAGGCAAAUACAUAUGUACUGCCAGCAACCGUUAUGGUCGUACUGAGGAGACUGUGGAUAUCAAUGUUGUGGACGAGGGUGUGAUAAUUCCAAGAAUUUACAUCGAAGGACCAAGUGAACAGACCUAUGGUUCUUCCACCUCUGUUUCCCUGCCAUGCAGGAGCUCUGGUCUACCCAACCCUAGGUAUAGCUGGCGCCGUGCUGAUGGCCGCCCUCUACCCCCUGGUCACCGAAUUGACAGUGGAGUUCUGACUAUUCCAAACAUCCUACCAGAAUAUGGAGGGGAGUAUAUUUGUACUGUUAGAAGUUAUCCUCCUGUCAGGAUAUACAACGCAUCUGUAUAUAUCACAGUGACAGUUGCACCUCGUGUGAAUCUACCAGAACAACUUGCAGGCAGAGUACAAGAGCCUUUAGUUCUUACCUGUGAAGUGGAUAGUGAAACACCCUACAGAGUUCAGUGGUCCAAGGUCAAUGGCGUUAUCUCCCCUCAAGCAAGCCAGAGAGACAAUAGGCUCAUUUUCCGCCAGCUUACAACUGCAGAUGCUGGUCGCUACCAGUGUACAGUGUUUUACAGUGGUGGCAAAAUGGAAAAAUAUGUUGAUAUUAAUGUUCGUUCACCUCCUCCCCGCAUUAACCCAAUGCGAAAAAAUCAGACGGCAUCAGUUGGUGCUAACAUACGUCUACAAUGUAUAGCCUCAGGCGAUCCUCAGCCACAGAUACAGUGGCGCAGAGAAAAUAGAGAAAUGCCAGCCCAGCACACAAUCAGUAAUGGUGUACUCACUAUAUAUAAUGCCCAGCCCGAGGAUUCUGGGACAUAUACCUGCAUUGCUAGAAGCCCUGCCGGAACUUCUCAAGAUUUCACAUAUGUUUUGGUUGAUUCUUCUCCUGUGGACCCCUCAUCUCUUGGUCUUAAAGAAGUACUUGCUGGAGACGAGGUCAACUUUGAUUGCCAAUUUGAGGCUCCUGACAAUGCCCAAGCUACAGUGACCUGGGCUAAAGCAGAUGGUCCACUAGCACCAACAGCUGUGAUAGGUGACAACACUCUGACUUUCCCCAGUGUUUCUGUGGAAGAUGCUGGUACCUACAUCUGCACAGUGUCCACAAAUGUUGGCUCAACCUCCACAGGGUUUAAACUUGUCGUCAAAACUGGUCCAGUGAUCCAAGUCCAACAAGACUAUACCACAGCAGCCAUUGGCAGCCCUGCUAGACUGAAAUGUGAAGCAUUUGGAAGUCCUACUCCUCAAAUAUCAUGGGUCAAAGUAAACGGUGAACUUCCAGAAGGAUAUUCAAUUGACGAUGGUGCUCUGUUCAUACCAAGAGUAAAGGAAGAGGAUGCAGGGAAAUACAACUGCCUUGCCUCUAGUGUACUGGGAGAGAAAGCUUACCCAGUUAUACUUAUAGUUGGAGCCCUGGUGCCAUACUUCCCACAGCAGCCAAUAUCCUACCUGAAGUUUGACGGACUUCAAGAGGCCUACACUGAUAUGGACAUCAUCAUGUCAUUCCGACCUGAAACCACUGAUGGUCUGUUGUUGUACAAUGGCCAGUACUCUACUGGAUCUGGGGACUUUGUGUGCUUUGGGCUUCAGGAUCAGCACCCAAUUUUCAAGUUUGAUGCAGGCUCUGGAGCAGCUACCAUUAAAGGAGAAAAACCCCUGACACUCAAUCAAUGGCACACUGUUCAACUCAAGAGACACAAGAAAAAUGGCACUCUGGUAGUCAAUGAUGAGCCAGCCUACAUGGGAGAAGCACCUGGACAGCAUGUUGGCCUUGACCUUGCUGAGCCAUUGUACAUUGGUAAUGUCCCAGAUCUCGGACAACUACCACCCUCUGUUGGGUUCACGUCUGGAUUUAUUGGUGGUGUAAGUCAGGUACAGGUGCAAGGUGUUAACCUUAAUCUUGGUGCACAAGCUAGGGAAAUUGUAGGUGUACAACAGGAUGAUGUAUGCUCUGGAAAUAAAUGCUUCUAUGGAGGAACCUGUCGUCCAUUCAAUAUUCGCCAAGGUUUUAUGUGUCAGUGCCCUCCAGGUUAUGGUGGAGACAGGUGUGAGAGAACAGAAGAGAGAUGCCAGCCAGGUUCCUGUGGAAUUGGCAGAUGUACAAACAUGCUUAGAGGGUACCUCUGCAUCUGUCCCUUGCCCUACUAUGGUGAAGGCUGUAGGAGAAGUUUCACCUUUUUGGACCCAGCCUUCAACAAGACAUCAUUUAUCUCCUACCCUAAAAUCGCCGAUGGCAUACACAAUAUCAACAUCACUCUUGACAUCAAGCUUUCUUCUCUGGAUGACGGAAUUGUUCUAUACAAUGCUCUAAACCAGGAUGGGAAGCAAGACUUCAUUGCCAUCACCAUAAACAAGCAACAUAUAGAAUUUAGAUUCGAUACUGGUUCAGGCCCAGCAGUAAUUAGAAGCACAAACCCAGUGAAACUCAAUGAAUGGACCAGUGUGGUUGCCUAUCGUGUUGGUCGCCAGGGGAUGCUGACCGUAGACAAUGAGCCCUCAGUCAAUGAACAAGAGGCUAAUGAUAGGUUCUUGUUCCCUCGCUUGGAGAGAGGAGAUGUCAUAAGAGGCACUAGCAGUGGAGAUACCAGAGGCCUUAACCUGGAGAGACCUUUGUACCUGGGUGGUGUUGACCCAUCAGAGACUGUUAAUCCAGGUGUUGGACUCAACUAUGGGUUUGUGGGAUGUGUUAAAGAGCUUCACGUUGCAGGGAGAAAAUAUAACCUGUUUGAUGAAGCCAUUGACAGCUUGAAUGUUGUAGAUUGUGGUGAAAGGAGUUGGUGUGACAACAGGCCAUGUUUGAAUAGGGGAGUUUGUCGAUCCAACUCACCAACAGAUUAUUACUGCGUCUGUCCUAAACAAUACACAGGGAAAAACUGCGAGAUCGAGGCCAAUGUUUGUGCUCUGAACAAUCCCUGUCAAAACAAUUCCACUUGUAAGAUAGAUGGUAGAGGAUCAUACAGGUGUGACUGCCCCAUAGGCUGGGAGGGUAGAAAUUGUGAACAAUCUGUUCUUAUUGGAACAAGUGUACAGUUUGAUGGGACCAGUUAUGCUGAAGUAGAUCUUAGGGUCAAGAGAAUCACCCAAACAUCACUUGGAAGCUUUAGAGUGACCAUCUCCACCACUAGGAAAAAUGGCCUGAUCUUCUGGACCGGACAGAAUAAAAUAUCGCCCACUUCAGACUACGUCGCACUGGCCAUUGUUAAUGGCUAUGUUCAAUACAGCGCCAAUCUUGGAGCUGGUGUGGGCACUGUGACAUCACUUACUCAAGUUGAUGAUGGCUACUCACACACAAUUGCUGUCAACAGGACUGGUCGUAGUAUGCAGCUGAAAGUUGACGAGGACCCAGCUAUUCCGGGUCAGACUGCUGGCAAUUUAAUAGCAUUGAAUGUUGGUCAGAAUGUAUUUUUAGGUGGAGCCCCUGAUGUGAAGACAUUCACAAGCUCCAGGUUUUCUGAGAACUUUGUAGGCUGUUUAUCAAAUUUCAAGUUCUGGACAGAUUCAGAGACAUUUAACUUUGGCGAGAGAGCUGCUUCUGGUGUCAAUCUAACUCCCUGCUUGUCUCCUAAUUAGGCCAGCCCUAAGCUCACUAAUUAAUAAUAAUUAAUUCAUUAACUAAUUCUUUGUUUUUAUGUACUAGUGCCUUAUUCAUGUUGACCAUAAUUGCUGUCUUCAAAGCUUCCAUUUUAAACGGUGGAGUCAUUGUGUAAAUACUGAUGUACAUCUUUUAGCAGAAGUUUCAUCUUCUUCUUAUUCAGCUUUGAUGAUAUAAAGACUACUUUUUUUUUGGGUUGCAUUAAGUGUAUUAGUCUAGAGAUAAUUUUUUAUAAGAGUAGAAAUCUGGUUUCAUUUAAACGAGGGAGGGGGGUAAGUUUAAAAUAUACAGGUGAGGUUAAAAAAAAAAAAGUAGAAAGAGAUCAUCUUAUAUUAACAAUCUUUGUUUAUACUGUGAUCAGACGUCUUAGAUUUAGAUAUUUGAAAUGCUUGUUUAUAUUUGUAGUUCUUUAAAAUAAAAAGAUAAUAAACAAAGGGGGGGGGGGGUGUGCUUAAAUGACUUACACAACAGCUUGAUGAUCACCUCCAUGUGGUAGAAAGAUCCACAUUCUAACAUGUUCUAUUAUGUGGUUGUACCACACCACACUGUGGUUGUACCACAAGCCACAGUGUGAGCUAGAGCUAUAUGGAAGCUUUAGGAGUUUAAAAAAAGUCUCAAGGCACUUGACUAGACAGUUCAUUAGUUUGAUGUCACCAAUUCAGUAUUUUUUUUUGGUUUUUUUUUUUCAUCCAUCUUUGAGGUCACGACCUCGGUGUAGUGCAUAAUUUAAUGAAGGAUGAGUGUAUGCAUGGGUUAGAUCCACAUCAGUGUAAGCUAUAUUUGUCUGACUGACUAAUCAACUUUGAGAAAUACUCAGCUGGUCACCCUGGUGCUAAUGUAUAUCAGUUGUUUUUUUUUUUAGUGUUCUUUUAUGAGUGCCGUUUUAAAUAUACACUGUGGUGCAAUUUCAUAAGUAAAGUAGAGUUGUUUUAUCCUUUAAAGAAAGAAGUGCCUUAGUAAGAUUAUUAUUUUUUAAAAUAUUUUAGUUAUUUUCAAAUUUU